AUGGCAAGAGCUGAGUAUGAGUCCCAGCAAGCCCUUUCGGCUAUCAUCCCAAACAAUGCCGUCGCCCCGAUUGCCUGGGGAUACUUCGAGGAGAGUAAGACCAAGUCAUUCUAUUUGACCCGCUUCCGUAAUUUGGAGCCCGAAGUACCUCCUUUGCCUGAGUUCUUAGCCGUCAUCAAAAGGCUGCAUCAGACAUCUGUUUCGCCGACUGGCAAAUUCGGCUUCCACUGCAGAACAUAUUGGGGUCCGCCUGUGAUGGGAAACGAGUGGACGGAUAGCUGGGAAGAGUUCUGGGGCCGUCAAUUUCGCCGCGAUGUCGCCUAUGCCCAGAAAGUCCACGGUAAAGACGACGAUCUGCACAAGUUGACCGAAGAAUUCAUACGAAAGGUGGUGGCUAGUCUGCUCCGUCCUUUGCAGACGGGUGGGCGCAGCAUCAAACCCUCACUUUGCCAUGGCGAUCUGUGGGAUGGCAUUUUGCAGAUGGACGUGGAUACAGGACAAACGAUUCUGUUUGAUUCAUGUGCUUUCUACGGACAUGCGGAAGUCGACCUUCAAGCCAUAGGAGAGCCUCGAUACGAUCUCCAGAUGGAUGUGGUCGAGCUUUACAAGACUGAAGUUGGAGUCUCUGAGCCGCAAGAAGACUUCUAUGACCGACACUAUCUAUACGGGAUUCGAAACGACGUUGUGGUAGCUGCAAUAUGCCCGGAAUGGCACAAGCUCCUGGACACAUAA